CUUGGAUGAGCAAAGUUGUGAACCCAUGAUGAAUGGAUCUUACUCUUUGGAGACCAGGCCAGAGGAGACAGGGGUUAGGUCUAAGGAAUCGUUCAAGUAUGUGUCGGAGAACAAUCUCGCGAAGAUGUCUGGACCUGCAGACUAUGAACAACAGCAGCCCUCGUGCUGUCUGAGUGUUAGUAACGUCUCCUACAGAGUCAGUGAGCAAGUGGGGCCUUGGUGGGACCUCCACAGCUUCAAAAAGAAAAGGACCAGACAGAUUCUCAAUGGUAUCUCCUUCCAUGUGAACAGUGGGCAGAUCAUGGGCAUUCUCGGGAACUCAGGCUCGGGGAAGACUACUCUCUUGGAUGCUAUCUCUGGCAGGAUUGGGAACUCGGGCACUCUUCUGGGUGAUGUGUCUGUCAACGGAAGGAAGCUGAAGAGAGAGCAAUACCAAGAUUGUUUCUGCUAUGUGCUACAAAGUGACAAUCUGCUGAGUUACCUGACAGUGGAGGAGACACUGACUUACACAGCACAGUUGGCCCUGAGACGAUACUCAGCAGAAGUCAUCCACAAGAAGGUGUUGGCAGUGAUGGCAGAGCUGAAUCUAAGUCACGUGGCCCACAGUGUGAUUGGAGGACGCGUUUUUCCUGGGAUCUCCGGGGGCGAGAGGAGAAGGGUCUCCAUCGCCAUGCAGUUACUACAAGACCCUAAGGUCAUCCUCUUGGACGAGCCAACCACGGGCCUCGACAGCAUGACGGCCAAUCAGAUUGUAGUUUUGCUGGCUGAGCUUGCCAAGAGUGACCGUAUCGUCAUAGUGACCAUCCACCAGCCACGCUCGGAACUCUUUCGGGUCUUCAAUAGAAUAGCCAUAAUGAGUAAAGGGGAACUGGUGUUCUGUGGCCAGCCUGGGGAGAUGGUGGACUUUUUCAGCGCAUGCGGCUUUGAGUGUCCAGAAUACUGCAACCCCUUUGACAUCUUUGUGGAUCUGACGUCAGUGGACACGCGCUGCAGUGAAAGAGAGGCCGCCACAUACAGUCGCAUGCACGAGAUCACCUCAUCUUAUCAGGGCUCAGAGAUCUACCGGAGCAUGCUUGUACAGACUGAAAAUAGCUACCGCCGAUCAAACAAACCAACCAUCCCUUUCAAGAGCAAAGAGUCACCCAGUGGCCUGGCCAAACUGGCUGUGCUUCUCAGGAGGACUGUGAGGAACCUGUCGCGAGACAGAAUGGGUGUCCUGAUGCGUCUGUCCCAGAACCUUAUCUACGGCCUGUUUGUGGCCUUCUUUGUCAUGAGGCUGGACAAUGACAUCACCAAGGGGGCCAUACAGGACCGCAUAGGUAUCAUCUACCAGGCCAUGGGGGCGUCGCCGUACACCGGCAUGCUGAACGCUGUGGCCUUAUUUCCUGCUCUUAGGGCCAUAGCUGAUCAGGAGAGUAAGGACGGCCUGUACCAGAAGUGGCAAAUGUUCUUGGCCUACAUCAUCCACAUCAUCCCAUUCAGCGUUGUUAGCGUGUUGAUAUUCAGCUCCUUCCUCUACUGGGUGGUGGGUAUGAACCCAGAGGUGUGGCGCUUCUUCUGUUUCUCGGCGGUGAUUCUGGUGCCGCACAUGGUCGGGGAGCUGCUGACCCUGGCGCUGAUGGGAGUGGUGCAGGACCCCAACAUGGUCAACACCGGAGUGGCCCUGCUCAACGUGGCCGGCAUCCUGGUCGGCUCCGGGUUCCUCAGGAGUAACCAGCAGAUGCCUGUAGUGUUCCAGUGGCUCAGCUACCUCACGUUCCAGAAGUACGGCUGUGAGCUGCUCAUCGUUACCGAGUUCCACGGCCUCAACUUCACUUGCAGUACAGGAAGCCCACCUCGGCCAGGCGCCUGCCUGAUGACAGACGGAGACAACAUCAUAGACCAGGGAUACCCGGGAGCCCUGGAGCGCUACACACUGGACUUCCUCCUGCUCUACUCCUUCCUGCCUGCCUUGGUGCUGCUGGGAAUCAUCAGCUACAAGAUCAGAGACCGCCUCGACAGACCCUGAAAUGGACCCUGGCAGUAUUAGGAUGAA